GCCCCGAGACCUGACGGAGCUGGGGGUGGGGGGCUAGUUUUUGCAACUGCUAAGGGCCUGUGAAUUUAUUAUAAGGCGGAGCUCGGCGGGAGAGGUGCUGGCGGGAGCUGGAGCCGGGUGGAGAGGAAUCCAGCAGAAGAGAGCAGAGUCCAGCCAGUGGAUUCCGCAGCCCUCGCCUAGGACAGCAGCGCGCUGGGCAGGAGUCUGAGGACGCGCAGCGCAACCGGCGGAGCCCAGCCCCGAGCAGUCCCGUGCAGCGCCGCGCAGCCCCGACCCGCGCAGCCCGCCGAGCCCUCGCCGCCGCCGGUCCGGGCAGCAUGAGGCGCGCGGCGCUCUGGCUCUGGUUCUGCUUGCUGGCGCUGCGCCUGCAGUCGGCCCUCCCGCAAACUGUCGUCACAAAUGUGCCCCCCGAAGAUCAGGACGGCUCUGGGGAUGACUCUGACAACUUCUCCGGCUCGGGUGCAGGUGCUUUGCCAGACAUUGCCUUGUCAAACCAGACCCCCUCCACCUGGAAGGACAUGUGGCUCCUGACGACCACACCCACGAGUCCAGAGCCCACCAGCACGGAGACCAUUGCUGCCUCCAUCCUGCCCGCUGUAGAGGGGCCUGAGGAGCAAGGAUCAGUGCGUCUGACAGAAGUGGAGCCGGGCCUCACAGUUCAGGAGAAGGAGACAUCCCACCUACCCAGUGAGACCGCACAGCACCCAACCACCCACCAGGCCUCAACAGCAAGAACCAGUACGGCUCAGGCACCCCCCACCACCCAUUCCCCCAGGGACAUGCAGCCUGGCCACCAGGAGACCUCAGCUCCCAUAGGAGGUGGCCACAUCUAUCCUCAUGUUCCCAGCCUGGAGGAAGGAGGCUCUUCUGCCACUAAGACGGCCCCUGAGGAUGGAGACUCCAGUCAGCUCCCAGUGGGAGAGGGCUCUGGGGAGCAGGACUUUGUCUUUGAAACACCUGAGGACACUGCAGUUGUGGCUGCCGUGGAGCCUGACCAGCGGAAUCAGGCCCCAGUGGAUGAUGGGGCCACUGGGGCCUCACAGAGCUUCCUGGACAGGAAAGAAGUUUUGGGAGGGGUCAUUGCCGGAGGCAUUGUGGGGCUCAUCUUUGCUGUGUGCCUGGUGGGUUUCAUGCUGUACCGGAUGAAGAAGAAAGACGAGGGUAGCUACUCCUUGGAGGAGCCGAAACAAGCCAACGGUGGGGCCUACCAGAAGCCCACUAAGCAGGAAGAGUUCUAUGCCUGACGGGAGACAGAGAUUCUCCCCCCUCCCCACUGCCGCUCACUAGCCCCCCACUUGCCUCUUCCAUGAAGAACUGCAGACCUUGGUCUUCCCUGCUGCCCUGCCCCAUCCUCAGUACUCUCUGCCACUCCGGCCUGCCCUCUGCCUGGAGAGCCCGGGGGUGCACUAGGGAGGUCUACUCUGCUUCUCUGACUUCUGCCGAAAGACUUGGGGUACGCAGGGGGUUUCUUGCAUAUGACCUUUCCACCACAGUCAGAACUUGUGAUUGCACUGUUCUGACUCGGUUUCUCCAAACUGGAGCAGUCUCUCCCCAGGCCCAGCUCUGGAGAGGAAGGGAUCGCCUCUGCUUUGGACCUGGAUGGCCUGCUGUGGCUGGAAGAUCCUGUGGGUGAGGGCUUCUGGCUGACACAUCUAUAGCACUUACUGGUACAGACCAACCAUCUUUGGGGCGCUUACCACUGAGUGGCAGGGGUGAGGAGUUCAGGACUCUCUCAGCAUUCACUUUGUUUUGUGGGGAAGUCUGAUUUAGAUAUCAACUUGUUUUUGCACAUGCUUCUUAUAGUUUCUUUGUUCAUAGCCCCGGUAGACUUGGCUACUUCUGAGGUAAGUUAAAUAAGUGGAUUUGGCAUCCGCCAUCUUGCUUCCCUAAUCUACUGUCAGGAGACAGCAUCAGGGUUAAGAAGAUUUUUUUUUUUUUAAACUAGGAGAACCAAAUCUGAAGGCCAGAAUUUAAGCUGUUUGUUUGUUGUUUCAGAGUUUGUCGCUCACUUGUGCAACAGGGUAUGGAAUAUCUGUUUUGUGGGCUCCGUUUGUGGGCUAGCCACUGCAGGCUGCCACAGGGUAGUCGCCUCUUCUGAGUAGACAAGGCUGUGUGCAUGAACUCACGCCCACAGCUGGGGCCUGGCCUGCUGGGAAGUUGGAGGAGCCUGGCGUGAGAAUUGGAUCCUGGCGGCCAGGGUCCGGGAGAGAGCUGUGAGAUGGGAGGGGGGCCUUGGGCCCAGGGAGUGUCCCUACAGACCAUGCCUUUCCUCCCUUUGGGGCCAUUUCUAUGUGACACUUUCUCCUGGAAAUUGACAAGAGGGGGUCUCAGAAACCCUGACACUGAGCUCCUUAGUGAAGGACGAGGCUGACCUUUGCUCAGCUCCUGUGGCCCUACCUUGGGUUGGAAAUCAGGACCGUUUUCCAAAGAGUGAUAGUCUUUUGCUUUUGGCAAAACUGUGCUUAAUCCAAUGGGUUUUUCCCUGUACAGUAGGUCUUCCAAAUGUAAUAAACUUUAAUAUAAAGUAGUCCUGUGAACUCUAAUGCUUCUUCUUCCUGCACUGGUUGUGUGGAAAAGACCAGUCUUUUCUCUAAACACCAACAGUAUUGGGAAACUUGGCUAAAAUCUCUGUGCCUUCAUCUUCCUGUGUGAGGGAUUCUGGGUCCAGAGUCCCUCUGGUUUAUAUUUGUUUUGUUUUUUGUUUUGGCUAAAAUUUUUCUAGGGGUCAGUAGGUUCAGCCAAGGUUAUAUAAGGCCCGAUGUAAAUUUCCGUGUUGCCAAGCUUGAAGCAGCCACUUUCUGAAUGGCCAAAGAAGCUGGGAGGGCCCCGGCAUAGCUUGACCUGAGGCUGCUGGUCCCCGCAGAGGCCUGGAGCCAAGGCCGGCCUCUCAGACAUGUUGGACAAUCCUCCUAUCCUCCUCCCACACCUGCUUCUUUGCUGGGACCAGAGGCUCCAGCCCAGGGUUCCUGGGAAUUUCUGUACUUGAUUAUUUAAUUUGACAGAGUUCCAGCUGCUGUUGGCUUCUCUGUUUAGUGGGCUGGUCUGUGACUCAGAUGCACCGUCAAGCGACGGGAACCCAUGCCCUGUGUUCAAUCCUGGGACUUUCUGACUGGAGCAUGUGACUAGACACGACUCGGGGGUGGGGGAGGGAUCAGUGACAGUGCUCAUCUCUGCUGGUCUAAGGGACGGUGCUCAUGCUGCUGGCUGGACUCAUUCAUGUAACUGUAAUAAAUGGUACUUGUCAUUUCUGGCAA